CUCACUCUGUGGUUACAGAUUACUUGUCCAAAAGCAGAUUUUUGCUGACAUGCAUUAAGGUCGGAGGAAUGUUUACCAUGGGGCCCAUUAACAAGUCACGUGCAGAACUUUUCACACACAAUAUGAAGCUCCUGAGUCCUGCAAACUCGUCUCUCCAUUGUACAGUGUCUCACUAGCCGUAACCCCUCUUCCCAUUGUGCCCAGUGUGUCAGUGAGGAGGAUGGAGCUGCAGGUCAACAAAGCUCAUCAUACGCCAACAGUGUCAUCUUGUUGCUGAGAAUGCAAAAAGGAAUCUUUUAAAACCAUUUGGGUCGAGGACGUUUUUCCAUCUUUGGAUUGGGACAUUUCCAUCUCAGCAAACACAUUCAAUAGCUUGCCCUGGAAAUACAAAAGGGUCAUUGAGUAUUAGAUAUUGGAAUUUGUUGUGGGAUGGUCAUGCAAAUGUCACCGACAGCGCAUAAGGUUUGCCCAAUAAUGGAAAUUUCUGGACCGACAUUACGACGGUGAAAACAUGGCGCUGAAAGCUAAGUCCCACGGCGACCUACAAACUCUUUCUUCACCCGGAUGGAGGCAAUCUAUGGACAGCAGACUAUAUAAGUCAUUUUCACUCAGCAACGGCAAUGAGAAUGGAGGAGGAGGGCCGAAGUUUGGGCCGGAGGCGUCAAAGGACGGAGCAGAGGAGGGGGUGAUGAAGGGCCACUCCAGACCGUUACGGAGGCCUGUGCGGGCAGUUCGACCACUCAGCGCCCUCAGCGCCAGCGGUUCCUUCCUCCAGAUCAACCACCUACAAGGGGAGCUGGUGAGGAAGAGGAAGGAAUGUGAGGAUCUAAGGAAAGAGAACAAGUACUUGUCGAAUGAGAUUCACAUGGAAAGAAUCAUGAUGAGGACAGAGAACGAGCUGACCAUGAGGAACCUGAGGAACCUCAACCAGGAGCUCCAGGCCCAGGUCAAGGAGUUGAAGCAGAAGGUGUAUUUUAGCCAACAGAGGGCGACAUUGUGCUCCCGGGCAGCAGAUGAGGCGGAUAUGUCCCGGGGUGAGGCAGAGACGAGCCGGGCCCUGGCAGAGGCACGGGCGCUGGGAAGCAAUCAGGAAAGGGAGCAGGCCCAGGUUGCCAUGAACAAGCUCAGUGAGGAACUGCAGCAACUCAAAAAAGAGCACACAGAUGUUCAGCUUCUACUGGCCAAAACGGAGAAGAACUACUUUGAGACCAAGCUGAAACUGGACAGGGUGUCUGGGGAGAAACACACUCUAUUGGGGGAAAAUCAGAGCUUGGAGGGUGAGAGGAAUGAGCUCAGGCACAAGCUGAGACAACUGACUGAAGAGAAUGUGAAGAUCAGAGAAAAAGAAGUAAGCACCAGGAGGCGGGCCUUGAUGUCCGAGGAGCAGAGAGAGAGGGCGGAGAGAGCGCAGCUGGAGGCCGACCAGGAGCGCCUCGUGGCUGAGAGGGAGAGGCAGGAGCGCACGGCCGAGUGUCUGGGCUGGAGGGAGAAGCACCACAACCUGACGGACAUCUUCAGAGCUCAGGAGGACCUGAAGUCUCAGAGGCAGAACAAAGCUUGUCAAGCCAAUAUAAAGAGCUACUUUCUGUGCAUGACUGAGAGUGACCAGAGAGUGAAAAUUCUGAAAAAUCAGGAUGGCACUCCAAGGAAUUUUACAGAAGGGGACCCUGUCUACAUUUCCACACCUGAGCUUGGGGUCGAGGAUGCCGACAACAGCCCGUCCAGGACCAUGCUCAGGGUCACUGCCCCCCCGCGUGUGGGUAAGGACCAGGGUCCUUCUCACUUCUCCGAUCUGGCUCCUAUGGCAGGGGCCAUGCAUGAGACCAGCCCCACGAGGAGAGGCAGGAAGGUGGUCGAGUACUUCUGGAUACCCACCGAUGAGGAAUGAUGGAAUACUAUGGCCCUGGUUCAUCAACACUAAAGAUACUGAUACUAAAUAAUGGAACGAACAAAAUGAGUUUUUGUAACCCAGUGUCUACUGCUUUCCUUGUUGAACUUUAAAUAAAAUUGUUAACAUUUCAGCAUGCAUGUAAAAAAUGAUUAUUUAAAGGGCAUGAUAUUUGAUGGAU